GUCACUCCCUCCAUUCCGGAGCUGGCGGCAGUGCACACGGAGGGGGGAAUGUCGGUGCUGUGGUCGCUCAUUGCGUUCGUGUUGGCGGCAGCGGUGCUGUUGCGAUGGCUGUGGCCGUGGGCAUGGGUGGAGGUGCCACUGGUGUGGCGGGGCCUGGCCGCGGCCUUGCGGUUGAGCUGGUGGGCCCGGCGACGGCCGCCCACCACCCUGCUUGACCUGCUGGUGCAGCGGGCACGGCGCAGCCCGCAUAAACCGUUUGUGCUGUUCGAGGGCCGGUCACUAAGCUACGGGCAGCUGGAGGCCGAGAGCAACCGCGUGGGGCAGGUGCUGCGGGAUACCCUCCGCCCCGGGGACUGUGCCGCGCUGCUACUGCCUAAUGGUCCGCUCUUCCUCGCCGCCUGGUUCGGCCUAGCUAAACUCGGUUGCGCCGCCGCUUUCCUCAAUACCAACGUCCGCGGACAAGCCCUGAUUCACUGCUUCAAGAGCAGCGGAGCUCGGACGCUCCUCACCUCUUCAGAAUUAUGGAGUUUAGUAGAGGAUGUGAUGCCAACUCUGAGAAGUGAGAAGGUGAUGGUUUUCAUUCUCGAUGGAGAGUAUACUGGAGAAGAUGUGGAAAAUCUGAAGGAUAAAAUACAGGCUGCAUCAGAUGAGCCACUGCCUGCAUCCCUGAGGUCAGGGGUCACCUUCCAGAGUCCUUUCACCUACAUCUUCACUUCCGGAACAACAGGUUUACCUAAAGCUGCCAUCAUCAACCAUCUGCGGGCCCACCGAAUGGUCAAUUUCAUCACCUCAUGUGGGCUGUGCAGUAGUGAUGUCCUGUACACUACCCUGCCUCUGUAUCACAGCUCAGGCUCUGUGCUGGGGAUCUGCAGCUGCAUUAAUGUCGGUGCGACUAUUGUCCUGCGUCGCAAGUUCUCUGCCACCCAUUUCUGGGACGACUGUCGGAAGUACAACGUAACGGUUAUCCAGUAUGUGGGGGAGUUACUGCGGUACCUCUGUAACGUUCCAAAGAGGAGUAACGACCGGGAACACAAAGUGCGGUUCGCAUUUGGGAAUGGUCUUCGGGCAGAUGUCUGGAAAGAGUUUUUAAACCGGUUUGGAAACAUUCAGAUUUGUGAGUUCUAUGGUGCAACAGAAGGGAACGUUGGCUUCAUGAACUGCACAGGCAAGAUCGGUGCUGUUGGACACAUAAACUUCCUGUUUAAGUGGUUUUGCACUUUUCACUUGGUGAAGUACGAUGCUGAGCAGGAGGCUCCAGUGCGAGAUGCCAAUGGCCGCUGCAUUGAAGUGGCAACAGGAGAGGUUGGGCUUCUCAUUUCAAAGAUCACCCCCAGCACUCCUUUCACUGGGUAUGUGGGAAACAAGAUCCUGACUGCGAAGAAGCACCUCAGGGACGUGUUCCGUGAGGGAGACCUUUACUUCAACACCGGCGAUCUGAUGCUGAUGGAUCACGACAACUUCAUCUACUUCCAAGACCGAAUUGGGGACACAUUCAGAUGGAAAGGGGAGAACGUGGCCACCACUGAGGUGGCUGAUGUGCUGUCCACACUGGACUUUGUCCAGAAUGUCUGUGUGUACGGAGUGACUGUGCCAGGGCACGAGGGGAGAAUUGGAAUGGCUGCAAUCCAGCUGCAAGCUGGGGUGGACUGGGAUGGAGAACAGCUGUAUGAACACGUUGUAACCCACCUGCCGAGUUACGCUCGCCCGCGCUUCCUGAGGCAACAGGGAGCAAUAGAAACGACAGGAACAUUUAAAUACUAUAAGGUCACUCUGACAAAGGAAGGAUUUAACCCGGCGACAGUCAAGGAUGCGCUCUUCAUCCUUGAUGACAAGAGAAGAGCUUAUGUGCCAAUGGACGAGGAAAUCUAUCAGUCUGUCAUCAACAACCUAAUCAGACUGUAAGCACAGCUGGGUCAGGGUGUGCUAAGUUGGGCAACCAUCGAGAUUUUGGGUGUUUUACUGGUUUCCAGGUUCUACAAUGACUCUGGAUCAUCUUUUUGAUGAAAGAUGAUGGCACGGACUAGGAGGGCCAAGAUGGCCUGUUUCCGUGCUGUGAUUGUUAUAUGGUUAUAUGGUUAUAAGAUGCUGUAGUCAUGAAUCAGUUUCACAGAACAAAUGUUGAAUCAAACUUUUAUAUAAUAAUGGAAAUUAAUAUUUCUGUAAAAGGA